AUGUCCUCUUGCGCGUAUGAGGUGAUGCGGAACUUUUUCACAAUUUACAUGACGAGUGUUCCCGAGGAGGCCGCUGCCUUGCAGUUUCUCGCCAACAGUUCACUAGGGGGCGAGAUCGAUAUCGUGGAUCUCGAUGCCAUGGACAUGGGACAGACGAGUGCCGACCCUUCGGUACCUAGUGCACCACUCGCAUAUGGAGAGGACGAAUGGGAGCUCAAGGAGGACACCUUGAGCGGUAUUCCAAGUGCCCAUGCUAGCACGAGUGUGCGAGAGCUGUGGCAGGGCCGCCAACCUUCCACCAAAGGCACGAGGCAUGCUCGAGGCCAAGGGCUGGAUGCAGGGGUCCUUGCCAAGCAUCGCGCAUCCGGGGCGGGGGACAUAGGUGACGUGAGCUCCGUCAAUAUCCACAUAUUGAAAUUAAUCGACGAGAAUGUCUGGCAAUGCAUAGCUAUCUCCGAACAGCAAUACCAUAUCGAUCACAAACCCAUUGAACAUCCCUAA